CACAAGGUCGUGAAAAGUUGUUGACAAGGUGGGGACAAGGUGGGACAAGGUGGGACAAGGUGGGGACAAGGUGGGGAGACUUCUCAGUCACUCGAGAGGACAACCUGUCGAGGACAACCUGAUUGCUCCGCUGGCAAGGGUGUUGCGUCUGGCGGUGAGGGCAUCGUCCUGCUGGCGAGGAGGAGGAGGAGUAGGCGGAGGGAGGAAGUUGUCAGGAUGGUGAUGGUGGUGGUGAAUAACGCCGCUCAAGGGCCCGUGAGGGAGGCCACGCUCCGCUACGGCCUCGUGUCUGCGGGCCUCUUCCUCGCGGCCCUGGGGGCGCUGCUGUCGGGCGGCGAGUGGCCGCACGUGUACGGCACCUUCUGCGCCCUGGGGGCGCUGAUGACGGCGGCCGGAGUCGCGUGGAGCCUCUGCCAGUGCUACCCCAAGAUGGUCUUCAGCCCUAUUCAUGAAUCCGAUUCGCUGCCGUUUCUGCUCGACCCCGGGACAAAGCCUCGCACGUUGCCCCUUGCAUCUCUGGAGGGGUCGGCGAACGACAGGGGGCAGACCUCGUCCACCUUCUGCUCCUCAUCCUGGAGCACCCCCCCCAACCUGCCCAUCGGAACCCCUCCACCUGCCCCCCGCGGGCCCCCCACUGCGGCCUCCAGUGGCAAGGGGGCCCGGGGCGAGGUGGAGGAGGUGGUGGAGGAGGAGGAGGAGGAGGAGGUGGGGGAGGAGGAGGUGACCGGAUGCUCGGUCCAGGUGCACAGCGGCGAUGCUCAGCCUGACCCGGCCAGCCCCGGCAAGCCCCCCCGCUACGAGGAGGUGUUGGGGGGCUCUAUGGAGACGGCCCCCCACUGUCCUCUCUGCCGGGCAGAGUCGACGGAGGGGAAGGAGGUGGAGGAUGCGGGGGAUGAGGAGGAGGAUGAGGAGGAGGUGCGGAGCCACGAAGAGGCGUCGGACUUCGGAGCCUCGCUACGGGAGGCGGAGACCCUCGCGAGGGAGAUCGACUCGGAGAUAGACAGGGAGAUACAUACGGAGAGAGACACCGUGAGCCUCAUCUCUGAGACCACGUAGACUCUCGUGGGAGCUCAUUGUCAGCGCAAGACCCAAGAGUCACGACGCUAGCGUGCGUUAGAGCGCCAGCUAUUUAAUCAGAUGUCAUCUCAUUUACAAUUUAAUAAUAAUUCGCUGUAAAUGCAGAUAUAUGUGUAAGAUAAUGUACCGUUGGGUAAUUUCCUCAUUAAUAACAAAACAACAAAAUUUAAUGCGAAUAUUCAUUGGCCAAUGACACCUCUCUUUCUUCAAGACGGAGCUAAAUUAUUGGAACGUGCAGACAUUUUAAAAAUUCACUGCUGGAUGAAACCUCCCCGCCCUGCCCGCCCCCACGUGGUCUGUUUGUUUGACCAUACUUCACCGCGCCGGUUCAUCGCAAGUUGGUGAAGGAAGGUGAAGGUGUCCCGGGAUCAUUUCAGAUGUUAAAUCGCUCGCCCACUGAUAUUAGCCACCGUGGGGAGUCGAACUCAUCUUCAUCAGGUUCUUAGGCGCAGUGCGCAUAUCAACGUCAUUAAUUGCGGUCUGUGCAUAGCAUUUGCAUCGAACAUUAACAAUCGAUGAAUUAUU